AUGAAGCAUCCGUUCCAUCUAGUUCUCUGUGAUGAAGAUGGCCAACGUCUUUUUGCCUCGGUGAAAAAUCAUUUACAGGUGUUUGAAUUGAAAACUGGUAAAGUCCUUGGAUCAUGGGUUGAUGAAGAAGAUUAUACAACUCCAUUAAAGAAACAACAGAAGGAAAAAAUCGAAGCACUCAAGAGCAAAGAAGGAAAUAAAGAUGCAAUUUCCCUGAAAAAACUAAAACUGAACGAAGAGAAACCUAUAAAAGUGCCGAAGAUUCCUGUUCCUGGCCCGGGAGCGCCCCAAAUAUAUAAUACCAUUAGAAGUUUGAGUUUAUCAAAAGACAAUAGGCAUCUUAUAAUAACGACUGAUAGUGAUAAAUCGGUUGUUAUAUUUGAAAUCAACUAUGAACAAGAAAAUUGUCUUCAUAUGAUCAAGAGACAAGUUUGUCCAAAAAGACCUUGUGCAACUUCUAUAGACGACAAUAAGGUAAUUAUAGCGGACAAGUUUGGUGAUAUUUACUCCAUUCCUCUUGAUUCUUCUCCUUCGCUCGAUGAGAAGAAUCUUAAACCUUUAUUAGGACAUGUUUCGAUGUUGAGUGAUGUUAUUCUUACAUCUUACAAUGGUAAAAAGUACAUCAUCACUUCGGAUAGAGAUGAGCACAUAAGGAUAUCUAACUACCCAAACACCUUUGUGAUUCGAAACUGGCUUUUUGGGCAUCAUGAGUUUGUAUCUACUCUCAAUAUCCCAAAAUUUGAACCAACUAUGCUUAUAAGCGGUGGAGGAGAUGAUUACUUAUGUAUUUGGAAUUGGGUUGAAGAGAAGCUAGUUUCCAAAGUUGACUUACGUGAGAUCAUAGAACCGUUCUUAAAUGAUGAUCAUCUACCACCUGAAAGAUUUUUGGAAGAGGAUUCUCCAAAGGAGAUUGCCGUUAGUAAAGUCUUGACAUACUUGAAUCCUUUGAACCAGCGUAAGUUUGCCUUUGUCGUUUGUGAAAAUACUUCAUGUAUUAUCGUGUUUGAAAUCAUAGGCUUUUCAUUCAUAAGGAAGCAGACUUUCAAAACGAGUCACCCUAUUAUAGAUUUAUGUUUGAUAGAGAAGACAGGGUACUUAAUCGGUGCCCUUGAUACAGAAUCAGACGAUAAGUUAUUGGCGUUUUAUAAAAUGAAUGAGAAUCAAGAAUUAAUGCCAGUAGAGAACGAUGACUUGGUGAAAAAGAUUUCGACAUCGAAUGAGUGCAACGCUGACUCACGGAAAGAAUUUUAUCCCUUCUAUCAUGUCAAUACGUUAAGAAAGAGAAGCGAGCAUUAG